GUCAACACCGGACUCCAGGAGUUUCUGCCUUCUGGGGGUCGGCCAUCUGCUUUAGCCGCAGCCAGAGCCACGUCAUAUUUGUGUGCCGCCGUCGAGCGAGCUGCGCGAGCUGGCUCUCUAGAACUCCUUCCGCGGGUUUUUUUUUUUACCUAAAGUCACAUCCCCGCGACCGCAGGCAUGAAUAUAUUCCGACUGCUGGGCGACCUGUCGCACCUUUUAGCCAUUAUCAUACUACUCAUCAAGAUAUGGAAGACACGGAGCUGCGCCGGUAUCAGCGGCAAGUCGCAGAUCCUCUUCGCGACUGUUUACACCAGCCGUUACCUCGAUCUGUUCACCACAUUCAUCUCGGCGUACAACACGUUUAUGAAGAUCAUAUUCAUCGCCACGUCACUCGCCACCGUCUUCUUGAUGUAUGUCAAAUUCAAAGCCACGUACGAUCAUAAUCACGAUACGUUCAGAAUCGAGUUCCUGAUCUUACCGGCGUUUGUACUAGCGCUACUCAUCAAUCACGAGUUCUCCUUCGUCGAGAUUCUGUGGACGUUCAGCAUUUAUCUAGAGUCAGUGGCGAUACUGCCGCAGUUGUUCCUGGUGUCGAAAACGGGCGAGGCGGAGAGCAUCACCAGCCACUAUCUGUUCGCGCUCGGCUCGUACAGGGGCCUGUACGUGCUGAACUGGAUCUACCGCUACUACGCCGAGGAUCACUACGACCUGAUCGCCAUAAUCGCCGGAUUUGUGCAAACAGUUCUCUAUUGUGACUUUUUCUACCUCUACAUUACCAAAGUACUCAAGGGCAAGAAGCUACAAUUACCUGCUUAGCUUCAAUCGAGGAUGUUCAUUCUCUUGUUUCGGAGAGAUGUUCAACCGGCCUCGGUGGCAUCGCCAAUUCGAGAUAAAUUCAGGCAAUCCUGGGAGAGGCUAGCGGAGAGCGUACACGUGAUGCAACGUUACGUUUUUUACCGCUGAAACAUGAAUUGUCUGGGCAGCAAAUCCCCUUUCCAAGCACACACUUUUCUUCCUUCCUUCCGUCGUCCCAAUCGUACCGAUGCCAUGUGCUGCGUCUCCUUUCCAGGACGAGAAAGUUUUAAGUUUGCCUCUAUUAUUUCUUUGCGUACUUCAUACUCCGAGGGAAUGUACAUUAUACAAAAGUCACAAGACCGAGAUGUAGCUAUGUAUAUUUAUCUUCAAAUUCAGAAAUCCAGCAGCAAAGUAGGGAUUAAAAAAAAAAGAAGAGGAGAAAACGUAGAACCAGAAUUUUCAUUUAUAUUUACAGUUUAUAUCGUUGUAACUGUCAGUAAUAAAUAUAGUUAAUAAUUAAA